AUGGGCCGAUACGGGCGAUACGCUGUUUAAAAAUCUGUAACUGUCUGUACUCAGAUCACUUUUCAGUUUUCACUAUGCGUUCCGUCUCAUAAUAGUCCUCUGUGGUGUGUAGUUCAUGUAAUCACGUUGGACGUGUAGUCUGUUCGAUAGCCACUUCGCUUAGCUUUAGGACAGCCUUUUGCCUUUCGUUCUUCCCCGGCGCAAGAUUCCACGCUCAAACGUUCUUUGAUAUAUCAUUAAGAAAUGGCAGAAAUUAAAAAAUUGAUGUUGGACAAAGUUUUAAUGAAGAUGAAAAGGUUCAACAUGAAUGAACUUAAACAGCUAUUCAAAAUCUUACAUUUGAACCUUGAAUGGAAAGAUAUUAUCAAUAAAGUAUCUGAAUGCCGGUUGCGUUUAAGUGUUGCAAAUGUUGUGACGGUAGUACAUCAGCAUUUAAAAGAUGGUGAUUCUGUUGAUGAAACAUACCAUCGAGUUUUGUUAGUGGACGCCAUCUUCCAUCAAAAUAGUCAGUGGUGGACAGUGACAAUUGAUAAAGUUAACAAACAAUUAUUAGACAAAGAAAUAAUUAGAAAUAAUAUUGAGGCUAUGUUAAACAAAUUGAAUAUUAAAACAAUUACAUAUGUUAUGAAGUGUAACAAAUUGUUUUGGAUCUUAAUAGAUAUUAAUGGAACAAAAAGAAAACAAACUACCGUGAAGUUAAACAAACCAUAUUUUUUCACCAUAGCACCGGGAAAAGUGUUCCAUGUUUUUUACAAACCACAAAAUAUUGAAAAUAGACUGUUGAAAAUUGUUAUAAAAUCAGUUGGUGCCAGUAAAUGUAAGGCCUACUCACUAUCUGGCAAACAUUUGCCGUCAAUGGUUAGUUUGUUGGAAGACAAGAAUACAGGUAAUGGAAAAAACAAGAAAGUGCCAACAUUGCUUAACAAUCACAAGGAAGAAGAUGUACAAGAAUAUGUUCAAAAACUAUUUGGGGAAAAACGUUCGGUACUUAACGAGUUCACAAUAAACGUGGAGAGUGAUAUGUCAGUUUUCAGCAAUAGCAAUCCAGUCGGUAAGAUGUGCAAAACCAAAGUGGUUCUGAAAGGUGAUAGUAUAAUAGAUGGUGUUAAAGACAUGAUGUUGUCAGGUGUAUUGCAACCACCAUAUCCAGAUUGGGUUACAAAUCUACCGGUAUUAGGUAAAAAUUGUGUAAAUAUUAAUGUACACCCUUAAAUUAAUGUAAUUAACAAAUAAUAUUUUAUAGUUUUAAAUGUAUUUAAUCUGUUUAUCCUGUAUAUCUGUAUAAUCUUUACUCUGUUAAUGUAUAAGUAGUUUUUUUUUUUAAAUUUAGUUUUUACAACAUCCUAAAUGGAUUACAUUGAAAGUUUAAUGAAUGUAUUUAUUUUUGAAGUCAUGCUAACAUUUUUUUUCACAUUUAUGUCUAGACAGUGUCACGCUUUUAUGUAUAUUAAUAAAAAACAAAUUUGUUCUGUGUAAAAUUCUGCAGACUGAAUAGAAUAGCAAUAAAAAAUAUUUAUAGUUUUUAAGUUAUUGUACAUACAUAAUGAAUACAUAAUAAUGGUAAUAAGUAAUAACUAAUAAUAUAAUAUUACUAUUGAAAUUUGUUAUGUUUUCUUUAAAUAAAAUUAAAAUGCUGAGCGUGAUUACACCUAACCUAACACGCCUAUCACCAACCAACUAAAUCUUUCUUCACUGACAAUCCUCUGACUUAAAGUUAGUCGAAAAUUCUGAAGUGUAUUAUCUGAUAUUCUGAUGUACAGACGUACAGUUGAUUCAUCUACCUUUUAUCUUUGAUUAAUUUUAGAGUUCCUUCUUGUCCACUUGUCUAAAUGCUCCAUUUCACAUUCCUAGAUGCUCCACCAAUAAUUGCAUGUCUAAUGAACCAAUCCAUACAUAAAUUGACAUGCUAUUAUAUCACUACUAUCUAUGUAUCUGCCAUUGAACCUAUGUUAUUUCUUUAAUUUAUUAUUUUUGUAAUUUAUGUCAACUUCAUAUUUGUAAAAAGGGCUCGUCUGUAAAUAUACAUAUAAUAAAAUAUGCUUUCACUUUAAUUUUUUAUCGAAUGUUUGAAAUUGUCUUUAUUCACUAUUAAUCAAGAAUAUGAUUGUGGUAGGGUUGUUUCCGGUUAUAUUACAUUAAUUAAAAAAUGUAUAAAACAAUUUGUGUACAGCUAUAAAAAUAAACUUGUUAGUAUUGAAA